GUUAAAUUUGGGCUCUCCGCUACGGGUUUAGGGUCGAGUUUCGUAUGAGUCUAUGGACGUGUCGGACGCGGCGGCGGGCAAGGUGAUCCUGCUAGGCACGACGAGUGUGUUCGCUCUGCUCGUGUUCUGGGUCAACACUUAUCCGUUCAUCGACGACGAUCUCAGCAUCUACAGCCUGAUCCCAAACCCACAGUGGUGCCUCCUGUUCUGCGCACUUUGGGGGCUUCUCUUCGUCGGGGGACUCAUGUCGUUCACGCUCUACCACAUACACCCCUACCUUUAAACCUUGCCUUUAAAACCGCCCCUAAAACUCCCGCGUACUAUACAUUCGUACUAAAUAUCUUUGGUGAGACUAAAUUGAAAUCAUCAAAUAAUACCUACCUAAACGUCCUUUAUAAAACUGCUAUAACUUUAAAUCUAUGCCAAAGUAAGUUAAAAUCUCCAACGGAAUCUAAAUCUCAGUCUACAACCAGAAAAUAUACAAUCAUGGCCCAAAAAAUAGACAAAAAGGACGAAUGGAUCAUAAUUGGAGUGUCAGGCGUGACGUGUGGCGGGAAGACAACCCUAGCUAAUAAAUUGAAAGGGAUUCUAACACCCGUUCAUAUAUUCCACCAAGACAAAUAUUUUUACCCGGAUGACAGUCCGAAGCACGUCAAAUGUGAAGGGCUGGCACACCCCCAUAACAAUUAUGACAUUCUGUCAUCUCUGGACAUGGACAAGAUGUAUGCAGAUGUGCUGAAGACAAUUAGCGGGGAAGAUAUGUCCCACCAGUCCAGCCAGGAGAGAAAGGCGGGACAGAUUGAAGCCAAGAACAAAAAGUUCUUAAUUAUCGAAGGGUUCACUGUGUUGAAUUUCAAACCUUUGUUGGAACUUUGCGAUCUGAGGUACUACUUCGUGCUGGAAUACGGCGAGUGCGCGGCGCGGCGCUGCUGGCGUCUGUACGAGCCGCCCGACGUGGCCGGCUACUUCGACGGCUGCGUGUGGCCCGAGCAUCUGAAGUACCGCGCCGAGAUAGAGAAAGACAAGCGAGUGGUCUUACUAGACGGCACGAGACCCGAUGCUCUCGAUAUGGUGGUAGCUGACCUCAAAGCACUAGGUGCCGUGGAUGUCGCGUAGUCAAUUAUAAAGUUUAGGUGUAGCUUGUGCCCGCGGCUUCACUCGCUAAACGCGGAUUUAAGGUGAAAAGUCUUGUGCUGUUAGUUGAUUUUAAUAUGAUCCAAUUUGGCGAAAUUGCGAAACAAAAUGGCGGACGGAGCUUCAUUUGAAGGUGGGUACUAAAUAUCAAUCACAGUUUCGUUUUUAUAAAGCCAAUUAUUAAUUGUAGGCAAUUUCAAAUUCAAAACAAGUUUCUAUGUGUCUACUCACAAUCAAUAAAAUCAAUUAUAUAUUUUUUAAUUAAAAGAACCCACCUUAAAAAGUUUGUCUAAAAGUAAGGAAAAUUAUUUCUAAAUCCAUUAAUAAGAUACUGCCUUUGUCGGCCUUAGAAUAAAUGUGAUUUGCAAGCAAUAUUACCUAUAAAUUAUAAUAAGCACUUUUUAUAUUGUUUUAAAAUCAAACGUUUAUAAAAAAUAACAUUCUUUUGAUAAAAAAUACUACUAAUAAUUACUUUUGGUAAAAAAUCACAUCACACACGAAAGAAAAGCAAUCUUGUUACUAUUUUUAUAAGCACAUUUAGUAUAGUUAGCAAAUUGUAUGAGUUGUAUCGUGCUACGAGAGGUGAUUAGAGUGAACGAACAAUAUUUUUUAAUUAUCUUGGUUGUGUAUGUAUUAGGUAUAAUGUUUUUGACGUUAUAUUUGGUAUUAUUGAUCCUGCAACGGAGAUAACAGCUAUUUACUUAAAGUAGAAGAAGUGUAAACUGUUUGUACUAAACUAUAAAUAAAUGUUAUU